AAUCACAAUGAAGAGGCGCUUUUAGUGGUGAAAUAAGUAACAUUAUAACAUGGAAGAGGAUAUAAACAAGCUGAACUUUCGUGGAAUCCUCUUAAAUUCAUUACGAAAAGUUCUUGAGCAAUUACACCCUUCACUAACAGCGCACGAUGAAGCUCUUUACUAUGUUGAGAAUCUCUGCUUUCGACUGCUCAUAAAUCUUUGUGCAGAUGAUCCGCACUCGAUUCCCGAUGUUGAAGAAAAAGUUCAAAAAACAUUUCCAACGCCUAUCGAUAAGUGGGCAUUGUCUGAUGCAAAAGAUACAAUAGACAAGACGAAGAAGAAAAAAUCUGUGAUGCCCGUUGACAGGAUGCACUCUCUACUUCAAAAGGAGGUGUUGCAAUAUAAGAUCGAUAGCUCAGUGAGUUUGUUCCUCGUCGCUGUGCUUGAAUAUAUUUCAGCCGACAUUCUUAAAUUGGCUGGUAAUUACGUGAAGAACAUGAAACACGUCGAAAUUACACAAGAGGAUGUACAAAUUGCCAUUCGCGCGGAUUGCGUGCUUAUGGAUAUGUUUUAUCAAGGCGAAAAUGCUCAUUCAUUAAUCGUGAGUCCACUGCCGCCUGUAACACCACGUGACGGUCUCAGUUAUGAAGAAGUUGUUAAAGAAUUCCUUCACGAUGAGAAGCAAUAUUUACGUGAUCUUCACAUGAUUAUUCGCGUAUUUCGCGAAGAGUUAGCGAAGAUUGUUGAUGAUCCAAAGGAGCUUGAGCCAAUAUUUUCGAAUAUUAUCGAUAUAUAUGAAGUGACUGUAACACUUCUCGGUUCACUUGAAGAUGUCAUUGAGAUGUCACAAGAUCAGAAGACAACACCAUGCAUUGGAAGUUGCUUUGAGGAGCUUGCUGAAGCUGAAGAAUUUGAUGUUUAUGUGAAAUAUUCCAAUGACAUUACAUCAUCACAAGCAAAGGAAGCGCUAUCGAAUUUAUUAUCAAAACCAAAAGCUCAAUCACUUAUCGCUGCCGGUCACGGUUUUCGCGAGGCAGUCAAAUUUUAUCUUCCUAAGCUUCUUCUUACGCCCAUUGGUCAUGCUUUUGUAUACAUUGAGUAUGUUGAUAAACUUCUUCAACUCAGCACGAGUCAAGAAGAUCGCGAAAGCUUUGAGACUGUUAAAGGUCUUCUCGAACCUUUGAAAUUUGAGCUUCAAAAACAAAUUCCAUUAUUGCCAAAGGAGUCACUGGUAAGAACGAAUUCACGUGUUCGUCGACAACAAGCGAUUGAGAAAACGAAAGAGCUUCAAAGCACUGUUGAACAUUGGGACAAAGACAUUGGUCAAUGUUGUAAUGAAUUUAUCAAAGAAGAUACUUUAAUGAAGUUGGUUUCGGGAAAACGAAAUACUGAACGAAAAGUUUUCCUUUUCGAUGGACUUCUUGUACUUUGUAAAGCGAAUACAAGAAAGCAAACAGUUUCGGGUGCUGCCAGUUACGAUUUUAGAUUAAAGGAGCGUUUUUUCAUGAGAAAAGUUGAAAUAAUUGACCGACGUGACACUGAUGAGCUUAAAAAUGCAUUUGAAAUUGCACCACGCGAAUUACAUUCGGUUGUUUUAAUAGCAAAAAAUGCUCAACAUAAGAAUGAAUGGAUGGCUGAUCUGGUGAUGUUAAAUACAAAGUCAAUGCUGGAACGGAUAUUGGACAGCAUUCUUUUAGAUAUUGAGAGAAAACAUCCGUUGAGGUUACCAAGUCCUGAACUCUAUAAGUUUGCUGUUCCUGAUAGUCCAAGCAAUAUUGUUCUUGAAGAGAAAGAGUCGGCCGGUGUACCAUUAAUAAAAGGAGCGACUCUUGUAAAACUCAUCGAACGUUUAACUUAUCACAUUUAUGCUGAUCCAAUGUUUGUACGAACAUUUCUUACAACAUUCCGCUCAUUUUGCUCUGCUCAGGAACUUCUUGAGCUUCUCAUUGAGCGCUUCAACAUUCCUGAUCCCAAUUUGGUGUAUGAUUCAUGUGGCGACAAAGAUUUAGAUGAUAAACUUCAUAAAAGUUCACAGAGAGAGGACUGGAAACGUUAUAAGAAGGAAUAUGUUCAGCCGGUGCAGUUUCGUGUGCUUAAUGUGCUUCGUCAUUGGGUCGAUCAUCAUUAUUAUGAUCUUGAGCGUGAUCCGACACUCUUACAGAAACUCACACAGUUCCUUGAGUCGAUUCAAGGCAAAUCAAUGCGAAAAUGGGUCGAUUCAGUUUUAAAAAUCGUUCAAAGAAAGACAGAAAACGAUGACAGGGAUCACAGACAAAUCACUUUUGCGUUCGGUCAUAGUCCGCCCGCUAUUGAAUAUCAUCUUCAAGUACCAGAAAAUGAAUUUAAUAUUUUGACAUUACAUCCUUUGGAAUUGGCACGACAAUUGACAUUAUUGGAGUUUGAACUUUAUAAGAAUGUGAAGCCUUCAGAGCUUGUUGGUUCGGUUUGGACUAAAAAGGAUAAAGAGACAAAAAGUCCGAAUCUUUUGAAGAUUACUAGACAUACAACAAAUUUCACACGAUGGAUCGAGAAAUCAAUUUUAGAAGCAGAGAAUUUUGAAGAACGAGUAGCAAUUGUCACAAGAGCUAUUGAAGUUAUGAUGGUUCUUCAAGAGCUCAACAAUUUCAACGGUGUGGAUCCAAGAAUUAGGCAUUUUCUCGAAACAUUGGAUCCGUUUCCCGGUCAAUCGAUUGAAGAUAUUCAAAAUUAUCUCUAUAACGAAAGUUUAAGGAUCGAACCAAGAAAUUGUCGUCAGCCAUUGAAAUUUCCACGAAAAUGGCCAGAAUUGACGUUGAAGUCACCAGGAAUAAAACCAGCUCGUCGUAGCAAUAACAACAGCACAUCAUUGAGCUUAUCCAACACAUUACCAUUCAGUGGAAAAUCUCAAUUGUUAAGCACCAGUGAAGGCGAACAAUCUCCGCCACCAAAUAAUUUAUCAUCAUCAGAAUUUUCAGUCUUUGCGAACGUCAACAUUGGAGGUGGAAAUGCGUCUGCAUAUUUUGCAUCGCAAACAACAUUAAAUACAGCUGUCAUGUCUGAUGACACAAUCUCAAUAACAUCAACAGUUCCAUCAUCAAUGGCUCCUGAAUUACCGCGACGUUCCAACAGCAUCAUAUCUAUGACUAGUCACAAUAGUUUUAGUAGUAAUUUUGAUCACAGUAAACCACUUCUUAGUCCUCGCGUUCAUCCGCCACCUGGCUCAACUGUCAGUCCAAGAGUUCUCGAUGCUUUAUCAGGAGAAAUAAGAUCAAUGGAAUUUCAACCUUCUGAUCCCAUCAGCCCUUCAUGUUUCAAAAAUAAUUCUCAUCGUGCAACGAUGGCACGAAACAAUACCACAAACAUCACAUCAAAUGAGUUUAAUGAACGAUCAUCACCAAGUUACAAUCAUCCAUCAUCGCCACGUUAUGCAACGGAAUUGAAUGAUACAAAUGGACCAUUGCCUGUCUCACCUCAUGUAAAUGUACCCAAUGCUCAUUGUUUUAAUCAUCAACCGCCUCCUCCUUUGCCACCACGCGCGAAAAAGAAGAAUCCAAUUGAGUUUAGCAUCUCACAAAUGAAGCAAGCAAAAGAUGCGCCACUUUUGUUGCCAAGAGAUAAAAGUCCGCCACCAUUACCACCUCGAACAUCUCAUUCUGUUAUGAACAGUAUGGACGCGUGUAAUCAUCACCACCAUCAUCACCAUCACCAGCGUGAUGACUCUUUACAUGGACAUCAAUUGACGCAAUUGCUGACAACACCAGAUACGAGUACAAUAAUGCUUCGACGUAAUUCGGCAUUGGCACAUAAUAAAGAAAGCUCAUCAUCAGUCGCAUCGACACCAAAGUCAUUAAAUUCGAGUUUUGAAGCAAAUAAUUCGCCAACGAAUGUUGUUGGAAAGAAACCAAAUUCACCGAGAUUUCCAAUACCUCCCGGCGAAACGCCAAAACUUCCACCAAAGCCUAAGCAAUCAGAUAAGUACAAAAUGACAACAGAAAGAGAGCUUGCUGGAAUUCAACACAAAGCUAUUGAAAAAGCUAAUCAGCAGAAAAAUCCAUUCCUUGAAGUUGGUGAUGAGUUCAGUGAAUAUGUAAAAGAUGAUGUUCAUUUUAACAUAAAAUUUUACUCGAGCAAAGAAAUGCCAAAAGAACUUCAAAAAUUUUGCUUCAAGUUAGCUGAAAGAAAUGUGAGCGGUUAUUACAAAAACUGCAGCCUUGGAUGGCAGCCAAAAGUGAAACAAACUGAUAUGGGAAAGAAUUGGGCAAGAUUUCUAAUAGCCUACGAUGGAAAGAAGCCUAUUGGUUAUACAAUGUUCCGAUUUGAUAUGGAUUAUGGUCGUAGUGUUGUUUAUUGUUAUGAGCUUCAAAUUGACGAACAGUAUCAGCGAAAAGGCAUUGGCGAACAUCUUUUGAAAUGUCUUGAAAGACUAACUAAAGUAUGGGGUCUAGAACGACUUGUCCUUACAUUAUUGACAAACAAUCCAGGAGCAAGGAAAUUUUACGAAAGACUUGGAUAUGUCAAAGACGACACAUCUCCUGAUGACGAAAAAGAUUACGAGAUAAGUCAAAUAAGAAUGGUGAAUUACAUGCAACACAUUCAUAUGCAUUUUCUUACAACAUCGCCUGAGUAUACCUCUGGAAAAGUGUUCAAGGGGAUAAGCUACGAUAUUAGUUUUGUUUACAAUAAAUUCCAAUUGAACUGCUCCCGAAAUUUUUGCUCUGAAAUGAAUUUUAAGGACUUAGUAGAACCAGAAUGUGGUGGAGCAAACCCACUGAUGAGAUUGGGACAACAAUUGACAAACGAUUAUACUUUACGCGAUGAGGGAGCAUCAAAUUAUCGCGAUGUUAAUUUUCAACCAAGUGAGACAUUUCGAAUGGACAUGCUUCUCAAAGAGAUGCAGGAAAUGGAUACAUUUGUUCAAGGCCCUAUUCCUGCUCCAUCUGUUAUUAAUGAAGUCUCAAAAAUAAACAAUCCGGAACAAUUUUGGUCUUCGGUUGGAAAAAGUGAUGAAUCACUUGCUGAAUUCUGGCAGCAAUCACUAAACUCAGAUGUAAAUCAGCGAUCUAAGCAAGAUACAAACAUAUGGGGAUAUGAUCAAGGUCUUCCGUCAACUGCUAAUUUCGGACAAUACAGACCUUAUCAAAGACCUAACUAUUCAAGAUUCUUAGACAGUCAAGCUAAUACGCAACAAGGUCAGGAAUUUUUCACAGGUCAACAAACAGCAAAUGAUUUCUUUAAGGAAAUAGAAGCAGAAAAGUUAGCAAAACCUGUAAAAGAAGGAGAAGAUUGGGCUGAAGCAUUCCAAGAAUCAAAAAAAGCUGACGAAGAAUUUAAUGAGCAAUAUAAUAAAGAAUUCUGGGAUCGUCUACAAGAUGAGUGGAAAAAGCUAUCUGAAGAUAACAGCCAACAACAUCCAUGGUUGAAUGAAUUCAGUGAAUAUUACGAUCCCUACAAAGAAUACAAAUUUGAUGAAAAUAAUCCAAUGAUGGAUAUAGAAAAUGCCCUUGAAAAAGGAAAGACGUUCCUUGAAAAUGGUGACAUUCCUUCAGCGGUUCUAUGCUUCGAAGUUGCUGUUAAACAAGAACCAGAGAAUGCAGAAGCUUGGAAAUUAUUAGGAACGUCACAAGCAGAAAACGAAAAAGAUCCAAACGCAAUAGCGGCAUUAAAAAAAUCUUUAGAGUUGGAUCCGAAAAAUUUAAAAGUUCUUAUGGCAUUAGCGAUUUCCUUCACGAACGAAAGCUAUCAAAAUCAAGCUCUCAAAAUGUUGAAUGAAUGGAUUAGAGUUAAUCCAAAAUAUUCAAAUUUAGUGACUGGAAAUGAUUCUGAUGAUUAUGCUGGCAUUGAUGAAAUUGCUAGUUCCAGAAUCCGUGGAAUGGAACUUGAGUUGACUCAAGAACUGUUUCUUCAAGCUGUUCAACAAAAUGCUGCCAGCGGUGCCUUUGAUGUUGAUGUUCAAGAAGCGCUUGGCGUUUUAUUUAAUUUAUCAUCAGAGUAUGAUAAAGCGGUCGAUUGUUUUCAAGCUGCAGUUCAAAUGGCACCAGAUAAUGCAAAAUUAUGGAAUCGAUUGGGUGCAAGUUAUGCAAAUGGAAAUAAACCAACGGAGGCGGUGGGUGCUUAUCAACGUGCACUUGAGAUUGAACCAGGAUUCAUUCGAGCUCGUUUUAAUGUUGGCGUGGUUUGCAUCAAUUUAAAAUCAUACAAAGAAGCUGCUGAACAUCUUUUGAUGGCUCUCAAUCAUCAAGCGACGUCAAAACAACGAGCUGGAGUCAAUAUUGAGAACGUUCAGAGUCAAAUGUCAGACACUUUAUGGUCAACUUUAAGAAUGACAAUUUCUUUGAUGGGAAAGCAUGAUUUACAAGAUUUCAUUGAUAAGAGAGAUUUAGAUUCUCUCAACAAAGAGUUUGGGAUGUGAAAAGCUUAAAGCUCUUCUCGGUUAAGGGGAUAAGACAGAAAAAGUUAAAAAUUUUGAGCUCUUAAAUGCUUUUUAUUGAUGAAAAAGAGAGAAAGAAGAACAACUAUUUGAUAUGAAAGCAAAAACAAAAAUAUAUUAAAAAAAUGAGCAAAGAAACUUCAAGCAUGUCGUUUUUAAUCACUGCUACGAAGAUCACUAAUUGAUUAACUGACACCUGAUUGACGUGUAUUUCAAAAAGAAGAUGAGGUAAGUUAUGAGUAAAAAGUUUAUUUUCCAUAAUGUAACGUUUAAGACCACCAUGAGCAAAGUAAAAACAAAAAGGAGAAUAAAGAUAGUUUCUCUGAC